AUGCCGUUGUCUCUCCGCGGGCUCUUGCUACCGCUUGUCUCUGUGCUCAUGGUGGCUUGCCAGGCGCAAGACAUGGGUGUUUCCGCUCGCGCUUCUUCGCUGGAAGAAUACCCCGAAUGUGCAGCGAAAUGCAUCCUAGUCGCACUGACAGGUGGGCUGUGUAGUCCCACGGACGAAAAGUGUAUCUGCACGGAUCAGACGUUCCAGCACAACGUGACAGCCUGUGUGUCGGGCGGCUGCACCAUUCCGGAUGCCUUGGUCACUCAGAAUGCCAGUCUCACCCGUUGCGGCGCCAUCCCCCGCGAUCGCGGCCAAGAACUCGUCACCGUCACAGCCGUCCUUGCCUCCCUGGCCGCCGUCUUCAUCAUCACGCGCUUCGCGUACAAGAUUUUCGUCACGCGGCUCGACUUAGGUCUCGACGAUGUCUUUGUCCUCGCAACGAUGGUCUCCGCCAUCCCCAGCGCCAUCAUCACCAAAUUCGGCACCGUUCCCAACGGCCUCGGCCGGGAUAUCUGGACCCUGACGCCAACGCAAAUCACCAACGUCGGCAAAUUCUUCUACAUCAUGGCGUGGCUGUACUUCUUGCAGACCGCCCUUCUGAAGCUGUCGUUCGUGUCCUUUUACAUGCGCAUCUUCCCGGCAAAGAACGUCCAGCGUGUUCUCUGGGGCACGUUUGCAUUUGUGACGACCUGGGGCCUUGCCUUUAUCAUAACGUCCAUCUUCCAAUGUCGACCGGUGCAUUACUUCUGGACAAAGUGGGACGGCAUGCAUAAGGGCUCUUGCGCCGAUGCCAAUGCCAUAAGCUGGUCCAACGCUGCCAUGAGCAUCGCGCUGGACCUGUGGAUCCUUGCGAUCCCGCUGUGGCAGCUGCGCAGCCUCAAAAUGCACUGGAAGAAGAAGGUUGGCGUCGCACUCAUGUUUUGCGUCGGCACGUUUGUGACGAUUGUCAGUAUCAUCCGACUUCAAUCGCUUGUCCAUUUCGCCGCAACGGCCAAUUCCACCUGGGAAUUCUACGACGUGUCCCUUUGGUCGACGAUAGAGAUCUGCAUCGGCGUCAUCUGCGCAUGCCUGCCUACAAUCCGACUGCUCCUCGUGAAGCUCAUCCCUGCGCUCGCUGGGUCGACCCAACGGAGCCAGUAUUAUCGCUAUGGCACUGGAGGGAAUACGAGCGGCCGCGGGCGGUCCAAGACUGCCACCUCGAGCAAUCACCAGACCACGGUGCGGGUUGACUCGGUCAGCCGAGCGCAGUCGGAUCACGGCAGCUCUGAAGAGCCUCAGGGCAUCCUGUUCCAAAAGUCCUACACGGUGCAAUACAGCGAUAAUGAUGAGGCAAGCCUGGUUGCCAUGAGGGAUCUGGAGGCGAAGGCGCCAGGCAGGAGGUAG